CUCAAGCCGCGGAUAUUACAAUAACACGCUAAGAUGGUUGUUCAUAGUUGUUAAGCUGUCAUAUCUUCCUUGUACGCGGUGUUGCCAUUGUUGCUGAUGCUGUUGCCAUCGCCAUUACCAUCACUUUCAUCAGAAUCAAUUAGUAGUGACAGAAACACAUGUCUUUGAGCUCCUGUAUUGUUAGUCGGAAGUCGCCGAAGACGUAAUACGAAAACCAAGUUAUGCCAAUGGAGUGUACUAGUACUGAAAACAAUAAACCCUUCUCCUGCCCUGCUUGCCCGAGUCGCUUCACAAGACAAGAGAAUUUAAAUCGCCAUACAGCAUCAGUUCAUAGGAAGUCAAACAGAAGACCGUUUCCUUGCCCUUUGUGCGACGUGAGCUUUUCGAGAAGUGAUUUGCGGAAAAGACACAUAAGAAAAUGUCAUCCUCAACAGGUCACUGUGGAGCAACCUUCCGUGGGCGGGCACAACCCCCCUGAGCUCAUGCCAUCGGGGCAGGAUAAUAUACAGUCCUUAUCGUCAGCCCAUGCCCCCCCUGGGAAUUUGUUCGACCAACAACCCUCACAGAAUUCAGGGGGUGAUGCGAUCUCGAGUUCGGCCUCGAACGUCUUCUCUCCGGAGAAUAUAUCUUGGCUAUUUAGACUCCCACAGUUUAUCUCAGCAUUCUUUGAGAGGUUCUAUCCUUCUCUUCCGGCGAUACAUCAACCAACGUUUGAUGUGACCACUGCUAGAGAGCCAUUGCUACAGGCUGUUGCUUGUAUUGGUGCAUUAUAUCAGGCACCCGGCGGUAACCAUAGUAUCAGCUUAGCCUUAUUCGAAGCUGGUCUUCGAACUUUAGAUAAAUACGUCCGAGAGGACCGAUCGAGGUUUCGGGAAAUAUGGGUUAUACAAGCAUACAUCCUUUUCGAAUAUUUCGCCAUUUAUAGCUGCCGGGACGAUACAUACUCCACCGGUAUUAGAAUUCAUCGUCGGGUCGUAGAUGCCGCUAGACAAUUUCAAAUGCUUCAGGAUGGAGCUCUCACGAAUAACUGUGGAAGCGGGACGUCACCAGUCCAGAGUCAUGCCUCUCCUCAGGGGCUCUUACCACCUUCAUUAACCCCUGAGCAAGCUUGGAAUCGGUUCAUUGAAAAUGAAACGCGAAAGCGGACCAUGUAUUGCUUAUACUACAUAGAUUCACAAAUUUCUGUCUGUUGCAAUGUAAGGCCAUUGCUAACGGCCCUUGAGGUCAAGUAUGAAUUGCCAUGUAGAGAUGAUGUAUGGUGCGCUCCUACGGCAGCCGCGUGGAACAUGCUAGUGCAAGCUCCCGAAUUUUCCUUCAAUGAAGAAGACGACGCCGAUGCGAAUUUCGAUCCUCGACCAGCAUAUGGUGAUCUUUAUGAAACAUUGAUGCACCUAAUGGACCCCGACCCGAGCUCACGUCCGCUCGGGCUACUCUGGUAUUCGUCAUUCGCGUCUCUGAUGCUAGUCAUGCAAAUUCAAAUGAUGACUCGGGAGUUGACGUUAGCGAGUACCUUUCUGUACAACAAUGUUCGCUGCAACGACACGCGACAUAGCUUAUCCAUUAUCACGGAGGCGAAUCGAGCACCUAUAAUGCAAGCACUCAACAACUUAGCAGAAUUGAUGCCUAAACCUGGUUCUAACACUUGGCCGAUUGUGGUCGGAACCGAUCCGACUAGCACUAUAUGGCACCCUGUGUGGAUGGCUUGGCAUUAUACUGCGAUAUCCCUAACACACCAAGACGCCCUACUGUCGAGCGGCAUCGUGGAAUACAGCUUACCUACAGCCAUCUCAACCGCUUGGGAGCUUGGUAAACCACGGGCCAAGGCGUACCGUGAUAUUUACGAAGAUCGGGAUGUGGUCCGCGUCAUCGACAAUCUCGAGCAUGUCAUCAAGAUGUUGACUUCACCUCCAAUGGGUUCUAUAAUACGCGAUACAAUGGGAGCCACCAACGAGACAUCCUGUAUCGAAGAUCCAUUCGUGACUAUGCUCGGCUUCAAAGCAUGUAUGAUGGGAUGGCGCGUUAUCCGGCUCAUGGCCUUGGGACUCGAACAACCCCUCAUCCCCGGUACCGAUAUUAUGCAAUUGAGACAGCCAAACAUACACUCUAUAUCAGCGCAAGUCGUUCUGGCGAAGGUAACGGAAGCGCUGAGUUUAGGAACUAGUAGUUUCCCGCAGGGCAAUGAUAAGGGGCAGAUUUGGAGCACUUUCCAGGACUUAGGAUUAGGAUUAGGUUUAAGUACUACCGAGGCGAAGUAUUUGGAGUGGACCGAACGGACGUUCGCGAUGAGAGAUGUUUGGCCUCUUGGGGAGUGGAUCGUUGCUGUAUUCAAUGAGCCACGGCAUGAGGCCGCGGGUACGGGCGCGGGAUAAGAUGGGAAUGUCGCUUCUUAUAUGGGUAUAUCUUUAGUCAAGGUCUUAGCCGAAUUCAAAUACUUUGUGACUGGAAA